AGAGAUGAAGCAGCUCCACCUGUUGUGGCUGGCCAGCUUCCUGAGCUGCGUGUCAGGCUGCCCUGAGGUCUGUGACUGUGGUGAGAAGUAUGGCUUCCAGAUCUCGGAUUGUGCCUACCGUGACCUCCAGUCAGUGCCCUCCGGCUUCCCGGCCAACGUCACCACCCUCAGCCUUUCUGCCAACCGUCUGGGAGACCUGGGGGCAGGUGCCUUCGAUGAGGUGCCGCUGCUGCAGUCACUGUGGCUGGCCCACAACGAGAUCCGGGUUGUGGCCCCUGGCAGCCUGGCCACCUUGGUCUACCUCAAGAGCCUCGACCUGAGUCACAACCUCAUCUCCAACUUCUCUUGGAAUGACCUGCACAAUCUCAGUGCCCUGCAACUACUCAAGAUGGAUAGCAAUGAGCUGGCGGUGAUACCUAAGGAUGCCUUCAAAAACCUUGGGGAUCUGAGGUCCCUGCAGCUCAACCACAAUCGUUUCCUGACUCUGGUUGAUGGCACUUUCGAGGGCCUCACCUCCUUGUCUCACUUGCAGAUCAACGACAACCCUUUCAAUUGUACCUGUGGCUUGCUGUGGCUCAAGGUGUGGGCCGUGGCCACGGCAGUCUCCAUCCCAGAGCAGGACAACAUUGCCUGCUCUUCACCCCCCUUCCUCAAAGGCAUCCCCUUGGGCCGACUUCCUCCUCUGCACUGUGCCCCUCCCACGGUACAGCUCACCUACCAACCCAACCAGGAUGGGGCUGAGCUCCGGGAUGGUUUUGUCCUGGCCCUGCACUGUGACACUGAUGGGCAGCCCCCACCAGAGGUCCAGUGGCGGAUCCAGACACCUGGUGGCAAGGUUGAGAUCACCAGCCCCAAUGUUGGGCCUGAUGGACGGGUUCCAGGAGUGGCUGGGUCCCCCCAGCCCCGCUUCCAGGCAUUUGCCAAUGGUAGUCUACUCAUCCCAGGCUUUGGGAAACAGGAGGAAGGGACCUACAGCUGCCGGGCCACCAAUGAGCUGGGUAGUGCAGAGGGCUCUGUGAAUGUGGCUCUGGCUUCUCCAGGGGAAGCCAGUGAGGAUGCCCUGGGUCGGAAGUUCCACGGCAAGGCCGUGGAGGGCAAGGGCUGCUACACGGUUGACAAUGAGGUACAGCCGUCUGGACCCGAAGACAAUGUUGUCAUCAUCUACUUGUCCAGCACAAACCCCAAGAAGAAUAGGGCAAAUCCCCUUGAACAGCUGGGCCCCUGGAUGCUUUUACUGUGCCUUUGUCACCUGGCCUUCUAACAUCCCCCCUUUCCUUUCUUCCUCUCUGUGCCCCUCAAUAUCUCCACCUGGUUAGAGGAUCUAUGGAGCUCUCUCAUCCAACCCAGUCCCUAUCCACUGGCCUCCCGAAGAUACCCUCAGACCUUUCUGGUCUCGUCAGGGGUGGAGGGAAACAGCUGACAUUGCUUCCAGGAGGUAAAAUAAGCUCUCUCCCAGUGUUUUGGAGUCUUCUUGUUGCCCCAAAGACCUGACAAUGACUUCCAUUGACUCAUGACUUAGAUGUCCUGAGAGGCCACUGGGUCACCAGAGGCAGAAUGUCCAUGACAUGUGCCUUCAGUUCAACUAAAAAAAAAUCUGAAUUGUGUGCCUUUGCAUACUCUCCACUCUUUUAGUUACCUCCUCACCCCCUUUAAAUUAGCCCCUCAGACCUCCUCUCAGCUAGCUGGGGAUAGCUCUGAGAAACCAAUUCAUUCCAAGGUGCUAUUAAUAACAGCUUCCAUGUGGGUUGCCCGCCUCAAGCGGAUUCAUGUCCCAAUCUGGGCAAUAUCUGAGGUGGAAGGAACGAAGCUUUCAUGGUAGAGUUCUGGGCACUAUCAGAAGCAAUGGGGGAGAUAUUAAGGAGAAGAGAGUCCUUCCUAUGUCUUCUCGCCUCAUUUCCAUGGGCAGGGAUGGCCCUGAUGGGGUCAUUGAGUGAUGGCGGCAGAGACCAUUCUGGGCAUAGGCGAGGGAGACAGAGAAGGGAAAGCAUCAGGCCAUGGUGAUAUGCCUGGGUGGUGCCUGGCCUCUACCUCCUCUCCUCUGAUCUCCACCUGUCCUCCCUCUCCCCAACCUGAGCUCUUAGACACUCUCAUCCACAGGAAGGGGGCCUUGAGAAGCAUCCUCCCUCUCAGAUCAGAGGAAAUAAACUGGUGCCAUCUGAACCUGUCUCUGUCCACCAAGAGAAGGAGGGUGGGUGUGUCUUCAGUUCCCUUCUCCUACUCCCUCAGCUGCCUAUGGCCUCCCUCAGCCUUCCUGCCUCCUCCCUCAUCUAAAUGUAUUCUCCUAGAGACCCUGUCCCACCUUGCACCCUUGAGCACUGUUGGGACAGAAGGGGGCAAAAAUAUUGCCCAUUGUAAUAAAUAAUAUUUCCCAUGAG